AUUAUUAUAAUUUUCAUCAUUACCGUUUUUGCUACAACGGACGCCGCAAAUAAUUUUGUAAUUUCGUCGUUCGAGUAGUAGCAGGUGAUUUUAACGUUUUCACGCGUCUUACAUUUUUUUUUUUUUUUAAUCAUUGACGUUUAAAGAAUAUUCGCUAGUUUUAUUUUUUUACUAUAAUUAUUUAUUGUUUCCGUGUUUACCGCGUACGAACUAUAACGGCACCGCCUGCAGAUACUGACGAGAGUCGACCGGCGCCCGGCGGUGCAGGUGCCGCCUUACCCCGACGAGAUGGGUUUCCGCGGCGGCGACGAGUCCGAUGAUGCCGCCGCGUUCGGUUCGUAGUGUCCGCGCGAAGUAACAGCGGUAUUUCUGUUUUUCGCCAUCGUUUUCGGUUCUGCUCGAGAACAAGCAGCAGCAGCAGCAGCAGCAGCAUCAUCAUCAUCACCGCCGAAAGUCAAGACACCCGUUCCGCGUAACUAUCAAAAACCGUCAUAAUCGCAAUACACACGAUAGACGUAAAUCCGCGCCGACCGUCAUCGCGCCGCUUAUUCUCGUAUCCGCAGAAGAGCUCCAUCACCGUCGUCCGCAUGUCCCGCAGAAAGCAGUCCAGACCGGUCAAGGUCCUCGAGGACGGGUCUGAGGAAGAGUGCACCAGCGGCGUCUCUCUCGGAGAACCAGGCGCGGCCGUCGUUGUCAACGGGCACCACGUAUCUACGUCCACACGUAGAUUCGACGACGGUGCGACAUCAAUGACUUCAGACGAUGAAGAUGAUGAAGAGAACGGUCCGAUGCACGGUGAAAAGUUGCCUAGAAAGUUGUCAAAUACGUGCAGGCAGUGUGCCAUGGGAUUUCUGAGUUUCUCCGAGCUUUCGGAACACAACAAGACUUGUGUCCUCCGCACCGGCUCCGCCAACAACGCAGCCACUUCCGACGAUUUCGAUCAUCGGCACGAUCAUGACGACACGGACGAUAUCGAAGACGACGAAGAAGCGGACGACGACGAGCACGUUGUAGACGACUUGGACGACUUGGACGAGAUGGACGACUAUCACCGUCACGGACACCAUUACAACGCUGCCGGUCUACAGGCAAUGGCCGUAGACGAUUUGAGGAGUGGCCGUCACAAUAACAGCAUCAACAACAACAACAAUAAUAACAACAACCAUAACAACAAUAAGGCGCACGAAGAGCAGAGGAGACAGCGACAGGAUGCCGAGAACAACAACCGCCGUUAUGGUGGCGGUCUUUCAGACUCCGCUGUCGGCGCAGAAGACAUUGUGGCGGGCGGCGGGAUGAUAGCAGCCGACGAUGCGUCCCCGCUGGUGCCAGCCGUUUUCCCGUACGCUGCGGCUUACCAGGCGGCCGUGCAGGCAGUUGCCGCGGCGGCUGACGUGCCAGCGCUCCAACAGCAGCAGCAACAACAGGCUGCAGCCGGCCACGUGACGCUCGAAGCCCUUCAACACACUAAAGUGGCCGUUGCGCAGUUCGCGGCCACCGCAAUGGCAAAUAACGGUGCCGUUGUAAACCCAAACGUGCUCCAAGAUUUAGCCCUUGUCAAUUCGUCGCUAUACACGUUGCAACAUCAGCAGAUGAUGCAGCUGAGCCUCAUUCAACAGCUCCGCCAACAGUUGCAGAUAAGCCGUGGUGGUACCGGAAGUAUCGACGACACCUUGUCUGUGUCACCGCCACUGAUCAUUGAAAGCAAUGACGACAGUGUCUCGCUCAUGCAGGCUCUAAAAGACCCAACGCCCGCCCACAAUUUAUCCAUGUCAAUAUUGGCUUUAACGCGGAACAACGCCAAAAUGUUCCAACAUAUUGCACAUCACCAACACCAGGCCGGACGAUCUCCUCCGCUGCCUCCACCUCCACCACAGCAGUUGCUGCCGGCAGUCACACCGCUUUCAAUCCCAUUGCCGGUAUCGAUGUCCAUGUCCACGAACCAAUCUACUGGUGACUGUACGACGCAAACACCACUUCUGCAGCUCAGCCGAUCUCCGUCGCCGUCUACCUCACGCUCGCCGACGCCCCCUCCAGCAUCCAUCAUGGCCAUAAUGCUACCCGAACUGCAACGCCCUGCUCCGUCGCCACUGCAAGCUUUGCAAGCGUCCGUAUUACCGGUGCAAACCCCACCUCCACAACAGCAACUGCCUCUCCAACCGAACACCAUCCAGCCCAUGGCGUUGGUAUCGGCUGAGAAUGCACCACAGCCACUACCUACGGCCCCGCUUCAGUCGCAGUCUCAGCCGUCUACCUCGUCAUCGACUUCGUUUUCGCUGACGCCAUACACUUCUUCACCAAUCGUCACGCAUCAUCAUUCCAUCCCGUCGUGUUCCGUUUCGUCCGCGUUCGCAUCGUCUAUCAUCACUAACUUGGACCCGCCUCCGUCGCCCAGCGAACCCAACUCACUGGAAAUGCUACAGCGCCGUGCCCAAGAAGUGUUGGACAAGGCCAGCCAAGGCAUGUUGGCCAACAAUCUCGCGGAUGAGCUUUCGUUCCGGAAAUGCUCGGGCAGUGGUGGCAAAGGCAGCUCUCUAUCGCCAUACGACGGUAAAUCCGCCGGUGGCAGUGGCGGGAGCCGAGGUGACAACUUUUACAAGCACAGAUGCCGUUAUUGUGGUAAGGUGUUCGGUAGCGACUCGGCCCUUCAGAUACACAUCAGAUCGCACACGGGCGAACGUCCGUUCAAGUGCAACGUUUGCGGCAGUCGGUUUACCACCAAGGGCAACCUCAAAGUCCAUUUCCAGAGACACACGUCGAAAUUUCCCAACGUCAAAAUGAACCCGUUGCCGGUUCCCGAACACUUGGACAGAGACUUUCCGGCGCUGAUGCCACCGCACUUGAACCAGAGUCCACACCAUCAGAACGGAUGUAGCUCGCAAAUGCCACCCAACUCCACUGGUGCCGUCGCUCCAAGGUCUCCGUUAUCUCAUCAGUUUUCCGCGGUAUCGUCCGCCUCAUCUUUCCCGACGGCUCUGACCAAUCUAUUCCGAACCAGUGGCAGCCACCAUGGUCAACAUCAACAGCAUCAGUCGUCAUCAACAGACAUAGCACUCCCGUCGAACAUUCAAAUGCCGUUGCAGCAGCAACAGCAGCCCGCCGAACAGUUAUUAAUGACAAACCAUCAUCAACAACUUCAUCACCAACAGCAACAACAACAGCAACACAAUAUCCACCAGCACCAUCACAAGCAUCAACAGCAACAUCACCUGGCAAAUAAUCACUCAUCAUCACUACAACUAUUUCAGUUCAAACGUGAACAAGAGCAACCCGAGAACUUGAGCAAACCUGCCAACGCUGGCUGCUCCUCCCGUGAAUCGUCUAUUCCAUCUCCUGCGCCUCUCUCCGAUUCCAGUAUGACACGCAACAACAAAGAUGAUCCUACAUCCUCCGAGUACAUUGACGAUAUGGCUGUGGACAUCGACUCAGCUGACGUCGAUGAACGUCAACACGACAUUGAUGCCAACACUGACGACUUUAGUGUCGAUACUAAGUACAGUGGUGAAGAGGAACGGACCAACAGUCCUCCUAUGAAUGACGGAUUACAAGACCAACCUGAAAACCUUUCAAACAAAAGUGGCAGAGUAAUGAUGGCCAGCCCGCCACUAAUCACUUCGGAUGAGUCCUUCUCUCCCAGGCCUACAUCAUCGUCUUCGCGGCACCACGGUUCUCGGGCCGGAUCGCCCGCAUCGAUGUCGUUUAACAACAGUAGAUACUCGCCUCCUUGCGCCCUGGACCUGACGCCCAAACAACCGGCAUUGGCCCCCUCCGCCAAUCACAUCAUUAAUGCGUAUCUGCCACCUGCAUUCGCGGGUCUCAUGGCAGGAGCAGCCCCUCCCGCACCCGUAAUUCAGAACCACGGACCGUCAUUCGGACAAUCCCCUGCUCGAGGAAACACCACGUGCAACAUCUGUUUCAAAACGUUCGCGUGCCACUCUGCUCUCGAGAUCCACUACAGGAGUCAUACCAAAGAGCGGCCUUUCAAAUGUUCCGUGUGCGACCGAGGAUUUUCGACAAAGGGUAAUAUGAAACAGCACAUGCUAACGCAUAAGACUCGAGACAUGUCGUCGACGGGCGCUGGCGGAGGCAGCUCGUCGAACAACAUGUUCGACGGCAACAACUCGACUAGCUGUGGUCACGAUGACACAGCCAGCAACGCGAGCUCUGAGAGCCGUGAAGCAGCCCAGCAUCACCUGCAUCACCAGCAGCACCAUCAGCAACAGAUACAACAGCAGAUGGCACUUAUAAAUGCAGCCACACAAAACGUCGCAACAGUCGUGGCCGCAGUCACGGGAACAGCAACCGGCGGAGUAGGGUCUCGAUCUCUACCACCGCCACCACCACCACCCCUGCCUCUACCACCACAACCAUCGCAACAGGUCGUAUUGCAACAGCCUCCAAAUGGUAUGAUGCCUGCGGUGACCGGUACCGCUACCGCUACCGUAGUAUCAGCAAACGCAUCCACGUGCACCGGGUCUUCGUCAACCAGUACCGCUGUCCAGUCAGCGGCCGACUUGUCCCCACCACCGGCCCAACAACAACAGCAACAACAGGCUCCGUCGCAACCACUGUCGGCUAAAUCCUCGAUCCAACCGGUGGUCACGCUGUCCGUGCCCACCGUCGGCCAGCCGCAGCAAUACAACGCUCCGGGCUCCGGUUCCAGAAAACCGCCUGCAACAACCGAGGGAGGUCUGUGUUCUUCUUCGUCGUCGUCGCCAAAACGCUCAUUGGCUGAUCCUGAAGCCGGAUUGCCUUCGGCCAAAAGACAACAAAGUUCGGCCAAACAUUUGUGUAACGUGUGCAACAAGAACUUCUCAUCAUCAUCUGCACUACAAAUUCACAUGAGGACCCACACGGGUGACAAGCCUUUUCGAUGCACGGUGUGCAUGAAGGCCUUCACAACCAAAGGCAACCUCAAAGUGCACAUGGGAACGCAUAUGUGGACGAAUGGAACUUCCAGGAGAGGGCGGAGAAUGUCGUUAGAGCUUCCGCCGUUGCAGAUCGCCAAUACCGUCAAAGAAACAGAUUUCCUCCAACGGAGACCAGAAAUUUACUAUCAUCCGUUUCUGCAGCCAGGUCCGUUUUUAAAUGGAAUUCAUCAACAAAAGAUCAACGAGAUAUCGGUUAUCCAGAACGUUAACAGCAACGUCAACAAUCGCAUUCUGAGCGGGUUCGGCAACUUCGGCGGCGGCGUCACCUUCCCGGGUGACAUGAUGAAACAGGAGCCGAGCAUCGCCACCGACAAGCAGAACCACGUCAUGUCGUCGUCGUCGUCGCCACCGUCCCAUCACAUUAGGACACCGCCGCUUUGGGACCUGCACUACGACCGGCAGACCGCCGUCAACAUCAAGUCCGCCGAAGACCAUCAGCUCAACAACUGCGCACCCCAAUCGCCGCAAUCGUCGCCGAUAGCGCACACAAAUCAUAUCUCCCAGAACCGCACCGAAGGUCUAGCGACAUAACAUUUACUCGAGUAUUUGCGUUUUAACCGAUGAUAAAACUCAAAUCGCACUGUACAUUAUUAUUAUUAUUGCCUACUAUUAUUAAUAUUAUCAUUAUGACUAUCAUCAUUAUUUUUACUAUUAUUAUUAUUAUUACUUUUAUGUUAUUAUUAUUUUACUAGUUAGUGUAUCAUAUUAUAAACUUUAAUUUUCAAUGACUUGACGUCAAUACGUUAUGAUAAUGUUAUAAGACUCACUUGAGUGACACGUUUGAAAUUGAUCACAGGGCGGCUGUCUGUGGAUCACAUUGCCUUUGUAAAGUGCAACUCAAUACAGAAAUGAAACGAAAGUAUUGAAAAUAAUAUAAUAAUUUUGUCAGAAAGGGUUUUUUACAUGUUAAAAACGCGCUUGAGCUAAUGUUCACAAAAUAUUUUGUUUUUAACAUUUAAAUUAUUUAUUAUUUUAGAAUUGAUUCAAAAAAUUAUUUUGUUAACA